AUGGAGUACGAACGAGUGAAAAUGAUGAAUGAUGAGCGUUGGACAAAUGCUAGAAAAUGUGAAAUUAUGAAAACUUUUACGGAUUUAUUGGUAGUACAAGAUAACAAUCAUCAAGAAGGGUUAGAUGUAAUUGUAGAUGAAGAAAAGCAAUAUCUUCAGGAUUUGAAAUCAAAAGUUAAAAAAAAUCGCCUCUUAAUGAAUGAAGGAAUGAAUGAUUUUAAAGAUAAAAUGUUAUCAAAAACUAACAGGAUUUUAUUGGAAAGAUACAGACAUACACAUCCAGAUGAAAUUAAAUCAAGUAUGAAACGUUCUAUAAAUCAAACCAAAAACGAAGCAAACAUUUUAAUAACACAAAUCAAUCAAAAAAAAAAUGAAAUUCGAGAGUUGAACAACGCGUACGAGUUUCGACAUAAAGACACCAUUAGUUAUGGUAAUUUUAAAAAAAUUAUGAGGAAUGUAACUAAUAUCGAUGACAGAAUAAGAUUAGCUAAAUUUAAAAAAACGAAAAUGGAGAAAAUGGUAGAUAGAGCGCAACAAAAUUUAAAUAAGUUUGAUUCACUUUUGGAACAAUUGCACAAUGACAAGAAAGAAAUGGCAACAAAUAUAAUGAAGCAAACUAAAAUAGUAGUACAGUUAAAGAUGGAAACAAACAAAUAUACUCAACAACUAAAAAAUGAGAUUUUAGCAAGCCAAAAACAGCGCAUUAAACAAGUGGGUAAAAUUGAACAGCUUAAUUUUAUGUCGGAUUCCAUGGAUCGUAGCAGAAAAAUGCUAAUGGUUGAAAGGCCACCCACUGAAUUUGAAUUAGCGUUUCAAUCAUCACUUCCAUGGUCUACAGAGGAUUCAACUCCCGAUUCAAAAAUUAAUAAUAUGGUUUCAAAUUUAUCAGAUGAGAAUAAUGAUUGGUAUAAUAAAAUAUCAACACUUGGAGUAAACUAUUUGAUUGAUAAAGAUGAACAAAAUAAAAAAUUGACAAUGUUAGAAAAUGAAAAUAACAUUUCAACAAAUAAAUAUAAGUUUCCUGCGGAUAUCAAAGAUUAUAUAUUAUAUUAUAAUGAUAUUUCACAAAAUAACGAUGAUGUAGCUCUUAACUAUUUGCGAAAAAAUUUAAAAUUUAACACUAUAGAAGAUUUAAUACAUUUCAUUGAGCGUACUAAGCAUGAUUUAUUUAAACUGAAUGCAUUUAAAUCCAUAAGAACAACUUUAUGGAAAUUAAUAAUCAAAGAAAAUGAUCAUCUUCAAGAAGCGACAGAAAAUUGUAAGCUUAUGACAAACAAAGAUACAGAGUUUUUUAAACAAGAAAAAUAUUUAAAUCAUAUAAUUGAUGGGCAACGUAAAAAAAUAUCUGAACUUGAGGAAUCAAAAUGCUAUUACAUUAAACGGUUUAAUGAUAUAUGUUUUCACAUGGACAAUCUCAGAAGUAUUCUUCAAUCAGUUAAUUUUUCAGAUUCAAAUAUAAAGUCUGAGCAUAAUAUACAAAAAAAAAAGUUUGAAAUUCCUGAUAUUAAAUUGACAGAAUUAAUUGAGGAAGCAGAUACGUUAAUUAGCGAAAUUGAUAUGAAAGUUCGACGUUGUACUGCAAUGUUUUUUACUAAUUAUACUGCUGAACAAAUUAACAUAGCUCGCGCCGUGUAUAUAUAUAAAGUCCAAGAACACAUUCAAGAAAAUGUUUUAAGAGAACAAAUGCAAUUAAAGAAGAAAAAAUUAAAAAAUGCCAAAGAAAUUCCAAUGCCACCAAAAGUUAUUUUAAGCAGAGAAGAAACCAAAAAACGAGCCGAUCGAGUGUUAAAAUUUAUGGCAGAAAAAGAUACGGACAAAUCAAAAAACAAAAGAAAGCCUAUAUCUUUUAGGACAAAAAAAUCAUAA